AUGGAGCUGUGGAUAGCGGAGGCUCAGACUAAAACUGGUAUUGCUUUGUUGUAUGAUGAAGUAUCUGAAAAUGCUUAUGACAUCCGACUGAAGCUCACAAAAGAGGUAUUAGCAAUUCAAAAACAAGAUGUCGUCUGUGUUAGUGGAAGUGAUCGCAGUGCAAAUCACAGAACUGUUACACUUCAUAGACAACCAGUUGGUGGCUUGGGCUUAAGCAUAAAGGGUGGUGCUGAGCACAAAGUGCCUGUCGUCAUAUCAAAAAUGUUUAAAAACCAAGCAGCUGACCAAACGGGAAUGUUGUUUAUAGGAGAUGCAAUAAUACAGGUUAAUGGUAUUAAUGUAGAAAGUGCUACCCAUGAAGAAGUGGUACACCUACUCCGAAAUGCUGGUGAUGAAGUUACCAUUACUGUUCAGUACCUCAGGGAAGCUCCAUCGUUUUUAAAGCUCCCAUUAGGUUCCCCUGGACCCUCCAGUGAUCACAGUAGUGGAGCUUCAUCACCUCUCUUUGACAGUGGCUUGCAUUUAAAUGGGAACUCAGCCAAUACUGCUCCAUCAUCACCUUCUUCGCCCAUAGCUAAUGAACCAAAAUAUGAAAAGCGCUGGCUAGACACCUUAUCAGUUCCUCUGUCAAUGGCUCGAAUCUCGAGGUACAAAACUGGAACAGAUAAACUGAGAUCUAAUGCAUUUGAAGUGCUGGCACUCGAUGGAGUUAGUACUGGGAUACUUCAGUUUUAUACAGCCCAGGAGAGUGCUGACUGGCUGAGAGCAAUAUCAACUAACAUCAGUGAUUUGACACUGCAAAAUAUGAAAAUGGCAAAUAAAUGCUCUUCUCCUUCAGAUCAGGUCGUUCAUAUGGGAUGGGUACGUGAGAGACUUGGAGGAACUGAUUCAUCUCAGCUCUACAAAUUUAAGUUUCUAGCACUGAAGGGUUCAUCCUUCUACAUUUUCAGUACUCCACCGGUAAGCACACUAGACUGGGUACGAGCUGAAAAAAUGUAUAACCUCUGUGAGGUUCUAUUUAAAAUUCACAAGCUCUGGCUUGCUGAUGAUUGCUGGCUACAAGCAAACUUGUACUUUGGUAUUCAUCAGGACUUCAAUUUUGAAGACCACAGGCCCUAUUGUUUCAGUGUUAUGGUUGGACAUGGCAAGAGUCAUUGUUUCAAUGUAGAGCUGGGCAGCGAGUUGGCAGUUUGGGAGAAAUCAUUUCAAAGAGCAAUUUUCAUGGAAGUUCAAAGAACUGGGUCUAAAACAUAUAUGUGCACUUGGCAAGGGGAUACUCUAUGUUUCACGGUUGACUUUGCCCUGGGAUUUACCUGUUUUGACAGUAAAACAAAGAAUGUACUAUGGAGGUACAAAUUUUCCCAGCUGAAAGGUUCUUCAGAUGAUGGGAAAACAAAAGUAAAGCUACUUUUUCAGAAUCCAGACACCAAACAGAUAGAGACAAAGGAACUUGAAUUUCAGGAUCUGACAGCAGUUUUACACUGUAUUCACUCCUUUAUAGCUGCAAAAGUGGCAUCUGUGGAUCCAGUAUUCAUAGACAGCCAGAGUAUUGCAAGAAAAUAUAUGUACAGUAACUGAUAUAAAUGUUGUGACUAUGGCAAAUAAAUUAUUUUCUUAAAGAAAGUAGUUAUUUCAUGCACAAUAUUGCAACUUUGUGAUUUUCUAAGUCUAUAGUUGUGUUAUCUGUAAUGUUAACAGUUUUCACAAUCUGUUUAACAUUUUGAAUCUAUGAGUUAACAAAUAUUAAAUCAAACUGAAUCAGUUUGUUGUCUUCAGCACUAAUCUAAUAUUCUGAGCAGAUAUUCAUUCAGUAACAUCUUUACUGUCAUUUCAAUUUCUGUUCUCAUGGUCAUGCAUACCCCAAAUAUUAGAUAAAAACACAGGCUAACAUUUGAAAAUGUAUGUCCAAAGAUUAGGAUUUUUAAGUGUAUUUUGAAAACUGUUGGACGGAAAGACAAUUUCUACAACCCUCAAUAACAAGAACUAAUUAUUUUAGAAAACUACAAUAUUGCACUUUCAUCUUGCUUCGAUGCGUUUGAAAAUUUAUAGUUCUUUGGUCCAGUGUUUUUGAGGCCAGAGAGUUAGAUCUGGCAUAACACAAAGUACUCGAUCUCAGAUUAAGGGAAAGAUUCAAGCCCAUACUUGAUUCUGGCCUCAUUAUGUAGCCUAAGCGUAUGCAGAAUGUAAUGUUAAGUAUGCAUCUAAAUGCCUUGCUAGAUCAACUGAAGAGCUUUGUUCUAAGCUACAGAGCCUAACUAUAGGCACUGAGUUGUAGAAAACUUGUCGUAGGAUUUUCUCAUCUUUUAAUAAAGUUUCCGUGAAUCCUUCAUAUACAUCACUCAUAGAUUCCCUUAACAGUAACCACCAAUGUGAUGCUCUGUAACUUCUUUGGCAGAAAAUGCUCUCAGUGGAAUGAAUGUGAAGUAUUUUCUGGCCCAUCCACCUUCCCCCUCUCUCCCUCCCCCCCAACACACCCCUCUAGCCCUGUCUUACAUAUAUGCUUAAACACAAGUGAAAACAGGAUAUGGGUCUAUUUUUUGGCUUGAUCACUUUCUUAUUUGCACAGAUAAUGCUUCCUGAUAUUAAAAAUUAUUGAAAGAAGACAUUUUAUUUGUAGGGAUAAGUAAUAACUUGUAUUCAAGGCUUCUGUGAUAAAAAUCUCAGUUGUUUUCAACUGUAGUUUUGAGGCAACAUCAUGCAAUAUUAUGAUUUUUUGAGAAGUGAAAGAAAUAAAAAUUAAAAAUUAGGCAAUGUAUACAAAGCAUAUGGAUCAAAGUAAUCAAACAUUUUUCUACAUUUUAGUUGUCUAAGAAAGUGUCCUGAUAGAAUGAAAGCCUAAAAUCAGUGUAUACUAAGGAAAGUAGAUAGGUGCCCUUAAAAGCUCUCAGAUGAGGAGUCUUUUUACCUAACUUCACUGUCUGAAUUUAAUUAGAGAGGCUCCACCUCUGACUUAAGGCAGGCGACUGUCUUGAAAAAUAGCAAUGGAGCCUUGGGCACUGAUUUUAAAGAAAUGCUUAUCUGCUCACCUAAAAAUAGGCACAAAUAAAGUCCUUAUAGUUGGUGAUUUGAUCCUACCACAAAGAUUGCCUGCUGCACAGUGGUAUCUUGAAAGAAAUUAAUUUAAAUGUUAGGGAUGCUAUUUGCAAUUCCAUUGUUGUUUACAGAUCUAAUGUUUGCAAGGAGGUAUAGUAGAAUAGCUAACUCCCUUUAGAACGUUUCUUAGAAAAGCUAAACAGUAUUUUUAUUAAUUGUAAAUAAAUUUUAAUAAUCGUUAUAGUAUUUUUAACAAAGAUCAUCUCAAUUUUAUGUCUAAAAACAUCAAAAAUUGUUGCUCUCAAACAUACUUUUAUUCAAAAAAAUCUUUUAAUUUUCAGCUUUAUAUGUAUACUGAGAUUUUAACAUUCACAACUUAAAAAACAAAAGGCUUUCUUAUAGUCAAUUCUCAAUUAUUAGUGUGAAAAAUUACAGAUAACAAAGUAAGUGUAGGUUGAAGCAUGAUGGAAAGCUUCCUGUUUUACUUUUAUUCUCUUAUGUACAAACUUAAUCACUAGCAUGGCCGAACUUGUAACUGGAGUGGAAGAAUGUACUAGUUACCACUGCACCAAGACUACGAUCAGGCAUCUAGACAAUGUUAUAAGUAUAUUUUAAGUGUAAUGAAAAGCACAGCUUAUCUUUCCAAAUAUCUUUCCAUUAGCAGAUAUGAUAUUGAGUGCAUGUCUAGUGCCAGGAAUUUAAAACAGAGAGAGGUAUAUCACUGCCGUAUAAAAUAAUUAUCACUAUGGCAUGGACUAGGGUACUGGACUUGAACAAUGCUAUUGAUUUAUUAAUCCAGAUCCUGGCAUUCUUUGAUCAAAAUUAAUUAAAAUCUAUGGAAAAAUUCCUGUGCACAAUUAUGAGCGGAGUGAGCUCAGGUCUAUUCCCAGUGAGUGGCUCUGUUGUGCUACCCGACUUAAAAUACCAGAGAGUUUACUAGAUAUGAUGGGUCUACACCAUGCCAGAUGUCUUUAGGUGUAGAAAAUGAGCCCUCAUGUUUUCAGUUUUAAAUUUAGAUGCUACUAUAAAAUCUCACCCCUGCAUGUAACCUUCCUUUUUUAUUUUUUGCUUAUAAUUAAAGCAUAGAACAGCAAUAUAAAUAUGGUGGCUGUGCUGAACCAGCCAAAGCUCAAGUUCAGGAAAUCCAACUUAGUUCUUUUUUCUCUAAGAUCUAAAGAAACAAUGAGUGUUUCAGAGUGAUAGCCACACUUGUGCCAGUAGUCCUGAAACUUAUUACAAUUAUUAUAUUAUUAUCUGUGUGGGGUAGUGAAGAUAAACUCUAACAGACAUUACAAUCCCAAAUCUACAACCUGUUUUCUAUCUGAACUACAUUAAUUCUUAAGUAACAUCUUAGAAGGAGAUUACCAUAAAUGCUUCUGUUGAAGAUAUUUUGUAGCACUUCCCCACUCCCCUCAAUAUCAUUGUGAAGAGAGUUUAGUUCCAAUGUGGUUUUUCUGCUUUCUGUUGAACAAGAUUAUCUAAGACAGUGAAGUUUGCACACCGGUUAAAGCCCAACACAUAGUGUCCUGAUGCUGAGGAGUUGGCAUUCUUUUCUUUGAAAGUGUACAGAAAUGCUCCUGCAUUCAGGGUUCUGCCUUGGAAACCUUCACCGGAAGAAGAGCCAUUUCUGUCCUUCCAUGAAAGGAGACUGAAUGUGAGUUCCGAGUUGCCUCCACAUGUUGCUUGUGCCUGUGGCAACAGAUAGAAAAGUAUGUAUUUUCUCUGGUAUGUCAACUUGAUCUACUCUAGAUGAGUUUUGGUUCAGUGUAGUCUGCCCAGGUCCUCCUGUAAGCUUCUGAGGGCAAAGAGGAUGGACAUUAAGAAGGAAUUAUUUUCUUUCCUGCACAUGUUUUUGAGAGUUGAAGAGAUGUCUGUGGUGAUUCCUGUCUGUCUUUCCAAUGCAUGAGAAGAUCAAAGCAUUGUAAAACUUGAGGAAGCGCAAGGAUAGACUAAUGGACAGACUAUGCAGUCUUAAAGGUCUCUUUACUCAUGCAGGCAAGCUGAAAGUAACUAUCACAUGCAUUUCAAAGAGAAAUUGUUCUUUCAGUGUACUUCUAUUUCACAGUGAUAAUCAUUGAGAUAUGGUUGCUGCAUAGGGAACUUUAAAAGACAAUGAUAAAUGUAUCAUUUAUUUAUAAAAUCAACUAUCUAACCCACAUGCCUAUUAAGGUAUACUUCAAAAACAUUUAGGUACUUGUGUGUUGAAGCAUUUUGAGAAGAGAUUAUCUCAUGUGAAGUAAAAGGCUAUAUUAGAAAGCACAAAAAGUACUUGUGUAGCAUGCAAGAUUUAAUUGAAAAUGUAUUUUAUCCUGGUUCAACCAGAAGAAUUUGACAAGUGAAAUCUUUUCAUUGAAUUUAAAUUGAUUAAAAACCGUGGACUUAAGCCAAAAUCCACUGCUGUUUAGAAACAGACUCCUGGUGACUUAACAGGACUUAAACUGAAAAAUCAGAAAAAGAUAUACUAUUUUAAAUAACCCAGACAGGAAGAAGAAAAAGCUUUCUAACAUUGUCUUGAUCCACAGCUGCCUACAUUGUCAAUAAAAGGAUUUAAUUUUUCAGAAAAGCUGCUGACUUUUGAAUGAGAAAUCAAACUCCUCUUAUUGGACUGGAAGUUAUAACCUUUCAGUUGGAAAGGCUUUCAUGACGCCUUGUAAGAAUUGCAGUUAUGCAGGUAUUGACACUUCCAGACCUCUAGUCUAGAUGUAUCAUGUGUUCUUUUUUAAUACAUUUUUUUCUCCUUUUUUAAGGAAGAAAUAUGAUAUAUUCUUUAAGUCUUAUUACACUGGGAACUGAGAGUGGCAGAAAGGUCAGAGCGGCAUCAAAGACUUAGUUGCAAAAGAGCUUUCUGCUCUUGUAAACCCCGCAGUGGUAAUAUGUAGGGAAAGUAUUACAAGCCAAAAGCUUUUAAUUUCUAGAGAGUGUGAGGAUACAAGAAGGAAAUUCUGUUAGUGAAGGGACUAGAGAUAUUUACUGGUGGUGCUCGUUGGUUGUUUUUUAAAGAAGAAAUUCAUUUUUUACUAGAAAUUGGAUUUACAAGAGUUGGAUGAAAAUAACAGAACAAUUGGAUGAAAAGAUGUGUAAUGUUCAUACAUUUCUUAAUACUGUUAGAGCUUUGAGAGUGCUUCAUUCUUUCUUUAUUUAAUGCUUAGCUGAUUGUGACUGUU